ACUAAAUAUUUAUAGAAGAUCAUUAAAAUGGCAGCAAGACACCUUGAUCUUCUUUCUUUGUAUGAUCGCAACCAGGAAGCGACUCUAUAUGUCGGCAAUGUCGAUAUGCAAGUUGAUGAAGAAUUGCUCUGGGAGCUUUUUAUACAGGCUGGAGUCGUCAAGAAUAUUCACAUUCCCAGAGAUAAAGUCACUGGGCAACACCAGGGUUACGGAUUUGUCGAGUUUGAGACAGAAGAUGACGCGGACUACGCCGUCAGAAUUCUAAACUUUGUAAAGCUGUACAACAAACCACUGAGGCUCAACAAGGCAUCUAGAGAUAAGGAAAACAUUGAGGUUGGAGCGAAUCUCUUUAUUGGUAACGUAGAUGAAGAAGUUGAUGAAAAGCUACUGCACGACACAUUCUCCGCAUUUGGAAAUGUUCUACUAACAAAGAUUGUAAGAGACAUCGAUUCGGCAGGAAGAAAUGCCUACGCUUUUGUCUCCUAUGAUAGUUUUGAAGCGAGCGAUGCUGCCCUUGCUGCAAUGAAUGGGCAGUUUUUGUGUAACAAACCGAUACAUGUUUCUUAUGCAUACAAAAAGGAUACCAAGGGUGAACGCCAUGGAAGUGCAGCUGAAAGACUUAUAGCGGCGAAUAGGCCGGCUGAUGCCACAAGUCAGACUGGAACAUCGCAAUACGGUUCACAAAUGCCAACUCCCAUGGCAUAUCCGUCUCCAAUCGCAAUGCCUACUCAGGGUGUACCAGUUGCUCCGGCUGUGGGUGUCCCCCAUCUGAGUCAAGAUGUGCCAUUUUUGCACAACAUGCAACAAAACGUCUAUCAGCCUGGUGUUGUACAUCCGUCCAUGUUGCCACAGGCAAAUGUUGGAUCGCUACCCAUGUCAAUGCCACCAUUACCGGGUGCUGCGACUCUACCAACUAUACCCCAAAACAUGCCUCCACCGCCACCAAUUUAUAAGAGUGUGUGA